AGAAAAAGUCAGUUCUGCUCAACGUACACGUCCACGGCUAAAUAACAAAAACAUUAAAUAUUAAAAAUAAUAUAACCAGAUGUGUAUGUAUAUAUCACCAAUUAGUAGUCACGAUUUUUCCUCCUAGGCGACAACUUUAUUUACAAUAAAAAUAAAAAAUUGUGAAUGAAAAAUCCACUUCAGCGCAAGAGCGAAUCGAGGUAGAUAACGUAAUUAUCAGAAGUCUUUUGUUGAUUAAAAAUCGGUUUAUAAAAUCGACGGAGAUAUUCAGUUUUAGAUCAUAAUAACAAAUACUUUCGGACUGUUUUAACCGGUUUUUAGUUUCGUUUCAACUGCAGAUUGUGUCGCGACUGAAUUUUUUACACGGACCAAGGAUGGCGGCUGAAAUUAUCUUCAUCAAAGCAUCACCACUUGUUGCAGCAACCAUGUUGUCUGAUAUGGACGAGCUUCCCACCAUCAAAUUAGGUGACUACACUCUUCAGCUAGAAUUAGAUGAGCUCAAGCCAGAAGUUCAAGAGAUUGCCAAGAAGGAACUUAGGGAAACCCCUGAUGUGAAAAAGGCAGGGAUAGUGGCUCUAAGGGAUCUACUAAGAGAGGAAAAAGACCUUAAAGUACCUCUAGAAAACGACCUUUGGCUUACAAGGUAUUUGAGGCCUUGUAAGUACUACCCAGAAAGUGCCUGCGAUCUGAUCAAGAGAUAUUACAAAUUCAAAAUUACACACUCCGGUGUAUACGAUGGAUUGAUGCCCAGUAAAGAAAAGAAUAUUUUUGAACAAAAUAUUCUAACAGUACAACCAAACAGAGAUCAGUUAGGCAGAAGAAUUUUAAUUAUUGAAUUAGGAAAAAAAUGGAAAACCGAUAAGGUAUCUUUAGAUGAAGUAUUCAAAGGCUGUGUUUUGUUCCUUGAAGCCGCCAUGUUGGAACCAGAAAGUCAAGUCUGUGGAGCAGUGGUCAUCUUCGACAUGGAUGGUUUGACGCUGUCCCAAACCACCAAAUUUACCCCCUCGUUUGCCAAGAGAAUAGUUGAUUGGUUGCAGGAUAGCGUACCUCUAAGAAUCAAAAACAUCCACAUCGUCAACCAACCGUACAUCUUCAAGAUCGUCUUUGCCCUCUUCAAGCCUUUCCUUAGGGAAAAACUGAGAAACCGCAUCAUCUUCCACGGCACUGACCGCAAAUCUCUCCACCAAUACAUGAGCCCAGAAUGUUUGCCGGAAUGUUACGGAGGAACCCUAGAUUUGCCAAGGAUAAAUGGUAACCAAUGGUACGAUUUGUUGGUUAUGUGUGAUAAGGAAUAUCUUGCUAUCAACUCUUUCGGUUAUAAGAAGAAAGGAGAGCUAUAAGGACGGUACGAAGAACGCUCCAUUCACAGCCAUAUAACAACUACGAACUGUGUCCUCGUAUUUUUCGCAGCAUAAUAGAGAUAAUAACUAUUUAUUAUUUUUAUAUAAAAUCGUAUUCUAUUUUUAUAGCAAUGUUGCCAGUUUUUUCAUUAGAUAUUUUAAUUUUAGACAACGGCUCAAAGGACUAUAUUAUGUGUUAACAAUAUUUUCAUCAAUUUUUUGAUAACUUUUAUACAUUUUAGAUUAGAAACAAGUGGUGUAAGCCUUUUUCUUUCUUCUGGUUGUUUAAGUUUAAGAUAGACAUGAAGUCUGGACAGUAAACUGAUUGUAUAAACUUCAAAAAGAUACGUGUCAAAUUUUUAGAAUCUUGAUUCUUCCGUUGAAUAUUCAAUUUCGCAAACAUUGUCCAAAAUGAUAUCUAAAGUGGGUAAUAAUUGAAAUAGUUAAAAUAUUCGUUCAAUAUUGAGCAAACUUAUUGCGUUUAAAUACAAAUACAUUAAAAACAAUUAGGUACCCAAAACAGUUUUAGCCUUUUUAUUUCUUCCUACCCUUUCGUCACCAAUAUUUUUCUACCCCUUUUCCAUCUUUUUCUGGGUCUCCUUUUUCCUCCGACCUUUUAUAACUAUUUUUAAAGUUAAUUUAUAACAUAGACAUAGGCACUGUUAGUUUUUCCAUCGCAUCGGUAUAAUAAAAACCUGUCAUUAACUGAAGUAUCAUUUUAGUGACACCUUUACAUACCAACUUUAUGUAAAUUAGGGAAUUUGAAUAAUAUUUGAACAAUAAUCUGUAAUAUUUGAUACAAUUACACCAAUGAUUCAUGUUUAUCAUAAACCUUUUGUUCUUUAGUGAUUUUUACUACACUUUUACUGUCUUUUUUUUAGGUUACUACAUAUUAUAAUUAUUAUUGUACGAGUAUUAUGACCUAAAAAUAUUUGUGAUAGCUUUCAUCACUUUCUUUAAUAGUGUAUUUGUUGUACAGUAAUUAUUAGUUUUAUGUUAAUUAUACGUUUGUUUUUCAUUAUUGAAUAAAAAAUCAUACUUGUU